GCUGAAAGAAUUCCCGAGGAAGCAAGUUGUUCCAAGCCAUAUGCCGCAAGAAAAAAAUGGAAUUGCCACUGUUUGAGCUGAAAAAAAACAGAACAAAAUUAACUAAAGAAAAAAUUAUACACUUAUAGCAGCUUCUAUGCUUUGAAAAAUCUUGAUUUUAUUGCAGCAGCUUUAGUUUUACAAUAAAAAUUUCAUUUCUACCGCAGUUAUACUGUUUUUAUUAAAAAGCCUGAAUUCGCGUAAAGGAUCACGAAAUAGAAACGUGGAAAAAGAAAUAGGUAGAGAGUUUGGAUUCGAUAUGAGUUCGGAGUCGCCUAAGCCGCUGCCGAGAAGCCGAAAUCCGUCGUCAGCAACGAACAGAAGACAACCCGAGCUGAACGGAUCAAGCGCUGAGCUACUCGGAAACGCCGAACGACUUCUGGCGAAGCUGAACAAAACCCCCUCGUAUGAAUACCGCGAGCAGAAACAGCAACUCGGAGCUCUGAUCAAAUUGUUAAGAGACCCUUUGUUCCAGGAAGUGUAUAAAGCAAAUUUAGAAGUUGAAGAAAAGCUUGCAAAAGAUCUGAACAAGUUAAACGGAACUUCAAGUCUUGAAAUCCAGGAGGACAUAAUUGGCAUCCAAUCAACAUCUCAGAAGACUCUCGAAUCAUCGCCUAACUCUCUGUUCGGCCUAGAAAGCGAAGUUGAUAAUGAGCGAGGUUUCGUAAAAUCCGAAGAAUCAAUCGAAGACUUUGUCGAAAGAGUCAAAGGGCCGAAUCAAAUUCACCGAGCUACGUUCUACCGAGAUCCAGGGGCCUCGUUGGGAUUCAGCGUGAACAAAGUUUUGCUCAAUGAACACGAAUACAAAAUGAUUGUGAAUGAUAUAAAUUCAGAUGGUGUUGCUUUUAAAGAGGGUUUGAGAACUGGUGAUCAAAUCUUAGUAGUCAAUAAAGUCAUGUUAAGAAGCUCCGAAGAGCACGAGGAAGCGUUGGAUAUUUUAAAAUCGACAGGAAGAAUUGAAAUUAUUUUAGCGCAAAAUAUCCAAAAGAUGACGAGAAUUCAAACCCAAAGACAACUGCACAGAGUUCUGCUUCAAAACGACGUAAACAGUGGACUGGGAUUCGGAAUCAUUUCGGAUGAGGGAAAAAUACUAAUCGAAAGAAUCGUUCCAAAUACCCCAGCUGCUAUGGCAAAUAAUUUGAAAAUCGGCGAUGAACUUGUCGAAAUUUGUGGUAAAAACGUUCGCCAAAUGCGAAUCGAAGACGUUUUCAGAGAUCUGGAAGCUUUUAAAAUGAACCAAGUCGAACUUGGCAUUCAGCGAGAUGUCCGUCUAGACGAAAAUUUUUAUGUCGACGGUGAGACUUAUGAUGUAACCAUUGAAACAAAUGAAAAGGGAAUGGGAUUAUCGGUCAAUAGUCCUUUGGACAAAAACUCGACUCUCGGAGUCACGAUUAAAUCAGUCGUGGAAGAUUCGCCGGCCGAGAGACUAAGCAUGAUUCGCGUUGGUGAUCGGAUUGUUGCCGUAAAUGGCGAAUCUAUUUUUGGCAAAACAGCAGAGGCUUCCAUGAACAAACUGAGACACGCGGGAAAAAUUGUCCACUUGACCUUGAUGCGCUAUCAUCGUGAAAUAAACAAUGAAACGCUAAGACCGGAAGCUUCAAAAGGAAAGACGAAUCAGGACGUUGAAAAAGUUUGUCGUAAGUGGGAGCAAAAAUUAGGACCCGAUUUCGAGAUUGUGGCUGGAUCAGUGACAAAAGCGGACCCAACAGGAGGCUGGGGGUUCAGUCUUGAAGGCCUUGAAAUUGAAGAACCCAGCGGAGAAAUCAUCAACCAGCAUUUCUUGAAAGUUAUUGCUGAGUUUGGACCGGUAGGAAAAUCUGGCGUGAUAAAAGAAGGCGACGAGCUGCUUGAAAUUGUGGAACCCGAGAAAAGCCGCGUUGUAAGAAGUUUAAACCACGCCGAGGCUGUUAAGAUGCUAUCAUCUAUGCCCCCAAGCGUUCAUUUUGUAGUCGGACGGAAAACCAUCCCAAACAACGACUUGCUAUUGGAAAUUGAAGAAGAAAAUGAUUUGUUGCCGGUAAACGAUUCGCUGAAUGAAGGCGCUUUUGUUCUGUCUGAAGAUCAAGUGUUGGUCGAGUCACGUGAGUCUGUUUUUGCGUCGACUAAAAAUGAAUUCGAUGAUGAUGAAGAUCCUAAACCAGUUCUGUGUGAUCUAAAAUGGUCGUGGGAAGUGAAGGAAGCAUACAUUGCAAAGCAGCCAUUUGAUGACCUUGGACUUAGUAUUACUAACUACGAGAGGAAACAUAUCAUAAUCGAUGAAAUCACGCCAGGAGGUGCUGCGUCGAAGACACCUGAGUUAGGUCUCUAUGACAAAUUAAUCUCAGUUCAAGGUAAAAGCAUUGUCGGGAGAUCUUUACCAGAAGUCAUUGAAAUGAUAGAAGACAGUUCAACAGGACCUCUUAUGAUCGGUGUUCGAAAGUUGGAACCAAACUUGAGAAGCGAAAGUAACUUAUCAAGUGAAGCGAAAAGGACUAGGUCCAAUUCACCCGAAGCAGUUUCAACGUCUUAUGAGUCCGACAACCCGACCCCGCCUCCUCCAUUGACCUUAAAACAUGAAGAGCCCGAAAUUGUCAUGCAAGCUCAAACUACCAGUUUUUCAGCUCCUAGAAACAAUACCACGCCCUGGAAAAAAGAUGAAAAAUUAAAUGACUCGGUUAAAGAACGGUCGCCUAAUGUUGAAGAUCUUGGUAAAGUGAAUUAUGCAAACUCACGAGAAAGUCAAUCACCAGGUUCAUCAAACGAUGAAAAUCAAAUCAUUUUGCCGAAGUCUCUUGAGCAGAAAAUAGCUAUAUCGAAAAUGAAGGUCGGAGUCAUCGGUCUGUCGGUCGGGAAAGAGCCUAGAGGAAAUGGAGUCCUUGUCAAAUCGGCAUCACCGGGCGGGGCCGCAAGCCGAGAUGGCCGAAUCGACGUUGGAGAUAUUAUUCGGGCCAUAAAUGACGUCACAAUUUGGGGAAUGGACAUAAAUGAUGUUCGGAGUUUACUUCGCGAACUCGGCCGAAAAGAAGACGACGUAUUUGUUACGUAUAUAGCACGAGAAGACGCGAGUUACUACUGGACACAUGAAAAGGUUCCAGAAGAGUUGACCGUCAAAAUGUGCCUCUAUUUCGAAGGAUUGGAUUCGGAUGCAAGUUUAGCACGUUCAAACUCUUCAAUGUUGGUCUCGAAAGUUAAGCGAAACGCGAGCUCGUUUAUGACACCUUCGGCCGACUCAAUUCUAGAAGACGAGGCUUCUCCGGUCAACUCAAGGCCAAUCUACAGCGAGAGCAACCCUUUCAAAGAUCAGGACAAAGUGAAAUCAAAAGCGCCAUCAUUUUCUGCUCCUCGAGAUGACAGCGGAAUUGCGGUUAUUGACGAAGCGCCAGAUCAUGAAUCGUUCAUAUUCGGACCAAAACGACUAGUUGAGGUCCGAAGAAAAGACGGAGAGCCUUUAGGUUUAAGUAUAUUGGGCCAUGAAAUGGGCAUUUUCAUCAAAGAUGUGAAUACGGGGAGCCCGGCAGCGGGACAGUGGGAGUCACGUGGUACAGAUGAGGUUCUGAACCCUGGUGAUCGACUAAUUUCAGUGAAUGGGCAGAGUUUGGUGGGAACAAGUCAACAGGAUGCGGUUUUGGUUAUCAAAGGGGCGAGAUCCCCUCUGAUGUUUAUUGUACAAUCAUGCACGGUGAAAGGGAGCGAAAAUGAAACACUGUUUUCAUCCAUUAACUGAAUCAACGAAAGAUUUCAGAUAACAUAACCUUUGGGCUUAGGUUCAUAAAUGGCGCAGAUAAAUUUAUUUUAUAAAUCAUUUUGCAGAAUUGUAUCGGUUUCUGUCUUUAUUAUAAAAAAAAUAUGUUAUCGCUCGGAGCUCCCUAUUUAAUUCAAAAAAAAUCCAGUAGUUGGUAUAAAAAGAAUCUAACAAAGUGAAAUCAAAACAAAGCUACACGAGACUUAUUUCAAAUCAAACGGCAGUCAAA